AUGGGAAUCAACGAGCUCAAGAGUUCGAUGAUGGAGAUGACUGCGAUGAAGACAUAUUUGUUGCUGUGGAAGCCCAAAGUCGACAACAGAGUUCAUGAGCUCGUGCACGCUAUGCUGAAUCUAGGGGAACACAGCGAGCAAGUUCUGGGAUCUCAGAUUUCGCUGGCCCAACCUCUAGAACCAACCCAUGGGGAGCAAUCUGGGGAAGUCACCAUCGCUCAACCCUCGCUCACCACGGCAAUUUGGGAGGACCACUUCGCCUCUUCGAGCGUCAAGGCGCCGAGCUCCGCUCAUCUAGAGUUUCACCCGUCAAGGGCGGCACCUGGGUCGUUAGACCCCGGCAAGCAAACUUCUCACCGGGGUGCUGAUUUCGGGGCAGUGUACACCAUUGCCCCGGAACCAGCCCCGGUCACAGCUCUCUGCAAUAGGUUUGACAAAGAUGAACACAAUCAUCUGUUGCGCCAUUUCUUUCAUAUUAAGCAAACCACCAUAGUCUCUGAACAUGUCGAACAAUUCAGUGACAUUGUCCAUCAAUUAUUAGCCCAUGAUCCAUCUUUUCCUGCUACCAUUAUCACAAACCACUUUCUUGAUGGCCUUAAAAAAGAUGAAGAAGCUUCCCAAGACCAACCUAUCAGGAGAUCUGAUUUGGGCUCUUACUCAAAGGGAACCAAUCAAGACUCUGUCAAAGCACCUUUUGCAGCCCCUCCUAAUUUUGCAAGAGUUGUCGAAGAGAAGAAGCCACCUGAUCUUGGCAAGACCAGGCAUACAGGGGAGGAUAAAUUGACUGCUUUGAAGAAUUAUAGAAGAUCCGAGGGCUUGUGUUUCAAAUGUGGAGAAAAAUGGGGACCCAACCAUAAGUGUCCUCCUUCUAUCUCUCUCAAUGCUAUAGAAGAUAUCUGGAAAUGUAUUGCUGAUCAUGAAGAUCUAGUACCAACAAUAGAAGCUGUAGAGUCUGACUCAGGAGAUCAUCUGAUGGCUAUAUCUCUACAAGCUCUGAAUGGCAUUGAAGGCUCUAGAACAAUCAGACUGAGAGCUAAUGUGUCUCCAUGGCAGCCACUAUCUCAGUUAGUAACUGUAAGAGUAGCUAAUGGAGAGGUUCUGUCUUGUACUCAUGAGCUACGUGAUCAAGUCUGGGGCACACAAGGGCAUUCUUUCAGUACAACACUGAAAAACAUUCCAAUCAGAGGCUAUGAUAUCAUAUUAGGCAUGGACUGGUUGGAAACCCACAGCCCUAUGAAAAUUCAUUGGGUGGAUAGAUGGUUACAAUUCUCCUAUCAAGACAAGCUCAUAACUCUUCAAGGCAUUCCUACUGCUGUUCAAUUAGGGCCUCCAGUUACUCACAAUCAGUUGCUCGCCUUUGACAAGACAGACUCCAUAUUAUAUUUGGUACAAAUUCAAGCACUGGAACCUGCUGCACCUCAAGAACCAUCAUUACCUCUAGAUCUUCAACACUUGUUGGAACAAUUCAAAUCAGUCUUCGAGCCUCCAACCACACUUCCACCUUCCCGGUUGGGCGACCACUCCAUUCCAUUAUUAGAUGGCGCUCAACCAUUUUGCCUCAGACCUUAUCGCUACAACCCCGCCCAGAAGACAGAGAUAGAGAAUCAGAUAGCUGACAUGCUCUAG